AUGGCGGACCAUGGUGAAAGAAAGCCAAGCUCAGGCCAUGGCUCUCGCAGGAAGUGGGGAGGGAGUAGUCGUAGGGUCUCUGUGUUGCCCCUGAAAUGGAGAGUGAGACACAAUGCCAGCUGGACAGGGCAUCUGUUGGCUUCUGGGUUCAGCCUACUCGCCUUCAUUUUGCUGUUGGUCAUGGUCUUCUCUAAGAGCUGGCUGUAUCCUUCCAAGAUUCGCUACUACCAGCGCUGGUCUGCUAAUGUUAGCAACGUAAUCCACAAUUCUGUUCACAUCCUGUCCCUGGGGUUAUUGCAGUUUGGCAAAUCCCAAAGCAGUUACCACUCAAAGAAUGGAAGAGCUGUCUUCAUUUUAUCCACCCUCUUGUUGUUCCCUAUUAACCUCUGGAUCUUUGAGGUGAGGGUGAAUAUAUCAGUUCCCCUGGGCUGGAGCUACUUCAUCGGUUGGUUUGUGUAUUUCCUCUAUGUCAUCUGUGAAGUGCAGGGACAGACUAGACUGUCUGAGAGACCUGUCAAGCAGAAGAAAGUCUGGGAUCCCGAGAAGAAGGCAGCUCUGGAUGCUGAGAAAAAAAAUGUCAUUUUUCUAAACCAUAGCAUCAAGUUCUGUCUAUUCAGCAGAAUUUCUCUGAACCUCCCCUCCUAA